CUGCUACCUCAGUCAAGACGUUAUGCUGGAUCGAAAUAAACAGUAAUAAAUAAAUUUAACGGAGUAGUAAAAUCGACGGUAACAUGCACCAUGAUUCUAAACGGUCCAAGUAUCAGAGAAGCGAGAGAAGUUCGAGCAGCACGCAUUUGCAUCACCGGAACAACUACACGUCCCAGGAAGAUGAGUUUAUGGAUACGCGACGACGGGACAGGGAACAGAUCGGUCUUACCGGUGUAGAAAGGGUUUGGGGAAAAUCUCCGACUCGGAUCGAAGAUUCGGACGACGAGGAGGAAUCGUCGAACAAACACAGAGACGACUCAACCUCAAAAGAAAAAAAGAAAAGGAAAAAGGAGAAGAAGAAAAAGAAAAGCAAAAAAUUAAAGAAAGAGAAGAAGGCAAAGAAAAGUAAAAAGAAAAGAAAGAAGAAACGAAACUCGUCCAGCAGCUCAGACAACGACGAUAGCGAUUCUGAGCAGCCUCAAUGGGUUGAGAAAAAAACGGUAGAAAAAAGUCGAAAGCGACGUCAUGGCUCCAGCUCCGAUGAUAGCGGCGAAGAAGAACUGGUCGGUCCUGUACAAAAACAACACGUCACUCUCUCUGCGAAGGACUUUGGAAAAGCCCUGCUUCCUGGUGAGGGAGCAGCCAUGGCUGCCUACGUUGCGGAGGGAAAACGUAUACCUAGAAGAGGUGAAAUUGGCCUAACGUCGGACGAAAUCGCGUCUUACGAAUCUGUCGGUUACGUCAUGAGUGGAAGCCGACACCGGCGUAUGGAAGCUGUGCGUAUUCGUAAAGAGAACCAGAUUUAUUCGGCGGAUGAAAAGAGAGCUUUGGCGAUGUUCAGCAAAGAGGAAAGGCAGAAACGGGAAAAUCUUAUUCUCGGGCAAUUCAGAGAGAUGGUUAAUCAGAAGCUUGCUCAGGAACAAAACAAGGAUUGAAUUAAACUGUUCGGUCUGAUCCAAUGAUUGAUAUUAAUAUCCGAUAUAACGGACAGUGUAAAUUUGCAUCGAAUAUAAACAAAACGGUGUCAUUUUA